AAAAUAUUAACACGACGGCUUCUUCUUUCAGGAAAACAUAACGGAGAGAGAGAGAGAGAGAAGACAAGGAUUCAGAAGAGAAGCGCAGGUCGCAGAGAGAAAGAACACACGCCGCAACGGGAACAACCAGAUUGAGAUUUAGCGAGAACUUUCGAGGGUUUCCUUGUCGAUUCGUCUUCUUUGACCUGGAUCUAUUACUCUCUUAUUCUCGAGAAAUUUCUCAUCCUUCUCACGUUCAUUCGUCUUCCUCCCAGCUCUAUUUGAUCCCCUUCGCUACGUUUCCUUACCCUCCCCGGUUCUUGAAUUUAGCCGGAGACGGCGACGGACUUUGGCGGUGGGAUGUUCUGAAGCAUGAGUAUUGAUAUCCCCAAGACUUGAGAAAAGCUUUGUGUCCAUGAGCGAUGGGGGUGUCGUCACAUGCAUGCCUCUACUGAAUAUCAUGGACAAGCUUCCAGUUGUGGAGGAGAAGACGCUUUGUGGAGGCAACAGUGAUACAAAGGUUGCUGCUUCUUCAAUCUCAACUAAUAAUAAGCUUCCGGAGUCCCAGCCAGCUAAACCCUCAGCGUCUCAGCCACCUAAGAAGAAGAAAAUUGUUAAGGUAAUUCGUAAAGUUGUCAGGAGGAAGCCCAAGGAGCGCAAAGAUCAGGAUAAAAAGAGUGAAGUUUUGCAAGGAAAAGGUUGCAAUAAAGAAGAAAACGGUGGAGAUUCUGGGUUUAAGGAUGAAGUGGAAGAGGGUGAAUUAAAUUCUCAUGCGGAUUUGGAGACCGGUGAGAUUUCUCCAGUGAAGUCACUGCGGAAUAGUGAGAUCGAAAAAGGGGAGAUUUCUGGGGAUUGCAGUAACCUGCAAUAUGAUAAAUCUUAUGUGGAGAGAAUGGAUUUACCUGCAGAUAAGUACAGGAAAGAAGAGAGAGAAAUCAGAUCAUGGAGAGAUCCCGGUGAUGAAAUUGAGAAAGGGGAGUUCAUCCCAGACAGAUGGCAUAAGAUGGAUACACGUAAGGAUGAUCAUAGUUACAACAGAUCUCGUAGGAGUGGAGUUGACAGAGAGACAACGUGGAAAUAUGAUUAUGACUAUGAACAUGAACGUACCCCGCCCGGCGGUAGGUUUUCGAAUGAGGAUACCUAUCGCCGGAGAGAGUUCAGAAGUGGGAAUGACAGGGCUACGAGGGUCAGUUCUAAAAUUGUAAUCGAGGAAAGUUUACAUAACAACGAUCCCAAUAAUCUUGGGAAAGAGUACUCUUCUACUGUGAACAAACUGAAGCGACAUGGAGCUGAACAUCUUUAUGCUGAUCAUGGGGACUAUGGGAGCUCCAAAUAUAGAAAACUUUCUGAUGAUUGUUCCCGCUCUCUUCACCCAAACCACUAUUCACGGAACUCUGUUGAGAGAGAGACUACAGAGAUUCCUAUUCAUCUAAAAACUCAUCUCUGGAAAAGUAUCCUAAAAAGCAUCAUGACUCAUAUUUCCGUGCCAGGGCUGUUUCAGACAGACAUGGUGCACGAUCUGAUCUGUCCCCACACGACCGGUCUAGGUACCAUGGCCACAGGGAUAGAAGUUCCCACAAUCGGGAAAGGUCGCCAUAUGCCCGGGAGAGAUCGCCAUAUAUCUUUGAGAAGCCUUCACAUGCUCGUAAAAGGUCUCCACAUGACCGCAGCCAUCACCAUGAUUGUAGAAGAAGUCCAAGUUACUCUGAAUGGUCCAGUGAUCGCCGGGAUGGAACUUCUAAAUAUAUGGAAGAUCCCCAGAGCGAUCGUACCAGACGUAAUGGCCAUAGAGAUAUAA